AUGUCUAAGCAAGGUCUUUCAUUCAUUCAUCCAUCCAUCGUAAGUCAUGUUGUGCUCGGUGAUGGUUCGUUUGGAACUAGCAAUAAUGAUGUUGUAGCAACGACAACAUGUGUUUUAAGACAUGGUUCAUCUUCUAUUCACACCUUUAAGGCGAAGGCCAUGCAGAGGGAAGAAGGCGAACGACGAUUCCCACCACAGCAUCAGGAUGGUCAACCCGGGAAGGAGUACCUGAUGGAUCCUCUCCCAGUAUUCAGCGAUCCUAAUUACAAGCCCACUAACAAACUCCAAGGAAAGGUGGCUUUGGUGAUAGGAGGGGAUUCGGGUAUUGGGAGGGCUGUUUGCUACUCUUUUGCUAAGGAGGGUGCAACUAUAGCCUUCACUUAUGUGAAAGGUGAUCCAAUUGCAAUACCUACUGAUGUGAGGUAUGAAAAGAAUUGUAAAGAUGUUGUGGAUAAGGUGGUUGCGACAUAUGGACGAAUUGAUGUACUUGUGAACAACGCAGCUGUGCAGUAUGAAACAUAUACAUUAGAUGAUAUCACGGAAGAGAGGCUUGAAAGGAUAUUUAGAACUAAUAUAUUCUCCCAUUUCUUCAUGACAAGGCAUGCUGUGAAGCACAUGAAACCAGGAAGCAGCAUCAUAAACACCACUUCAGCGUUAGGAUUCUCAGGAAGUCCAAAACUCAUUGAUUACGCGUCAACAAAGGGAGCCAUUGUGAACUUCACCAAGAGUCUAGCAAUAUUCCUGAUUGACAAGGGGAUUCGUGUUAAUGAAGUACCCAUGAAUAGGGCAGCUCAACCAGUCGAGAUUGCUCCAUCAUAUGUAUUCCUCGCGUCAAAGGACUCUUCCUACUAUACGGGCACAUUUCUUCAUCCUGAUGGUGGAGAACUCGACAACGCUAUUCCUAGUGUCAACAAUAACAAUACAGUAAACCCAUAACACAAAUAGGAUAAUGGGAAGUUAGAUGUUGCCAACCUUACCUUUACCGGAGGGUAGAGAGUCUACUUUCAUUAAUGCUAGCCCUUGUAAUUUCCUUGAAUCUCAUAAGAAAAUGGAGUGAAGUAUAAUAUAGUUUGUGCGUAAUUACGUUAUGUAUGUGUACUUGAAAUAAUUGGUGUUCUGAUGUAAAAUCUUAUGUUAUGGAACGUCAAAUAUGCAGUUAUCCGUACCUUUACAGAGCUGUUGAAAUAUAAAAUCCUGAUAGAACAUAAUUUGAUGAAUUUCGAGGAUGUUUGAAAUCUCAAUACAAUGAAAAAAAUGCGGAAUAAGUGUGCAUUAUAGUAAAACCCAAUGGAUUCAAAAAG